AUGAACAUCGUCAAAGUGCUCCUUCCAACGACUCCGUUGAUCCACAAUGAAGCUUUCCUGCAAGACCGCGCGGACAUGGCUGGCGGCGGCCCAAGUAUGAAUUUUGCAGACGUCGUCCAGGCGACCCGGCCUGACGCGAUUGUUGCCGUGAAGAAUGCGAUUGAAUUUCUGGAAACUACUCUGCUGGUUGACGGGAGAGAGUGGCUCGCCAAGACCGACGCUCCUGGUCGGGGAGAUGUCGAAACGGCCUGGGCAUUGAGUUGGCUGUUUUCGACCCCCGGGGCCGUUCCAGAAGAGCACAUCUCCCCACAGCUCUUUCCCAAAGUCUUCGCCUGGGUGGAGCGAUUCCAGAAGGCCGUAGCAGCAGCACAGAAAUCCUUACCAACGAUAACCUCCCUAUCAGGAGAGCAAGUCGCAGACCUCCUCGGCAAGGCCGCCUCAGACCACACCGCAGACGUGAUCGAGGCGGACGAUCCCCUCGUCCAAGCGAACGGAUUCCACAGGGGUCAACUGGUCCAAGUGUGGCCAAUUGAUAGCGGAUCGAGACACAAGACGGUUGGCAAGCUUGUCGGGCUGACGAGCCGGGAGAUCACGAUUGAGACCACCGAGGGCGCGGUGGCGGUUCGCGUUCAUGCGCCGAGGAAGGGAUUCCGCGUCAGUGCAGCUGCGGCGGACAGGGCAAAUCUUUCUUGA